AUGGUGCACCUGAAGCAAGCGUCCAGAGCCGAACGGGUAGCUCCACCGGGAAAGACUGGCAAUUUUAUGGACAGCUUAAAGGGACUGUUUUCUCGACGCCAUUCCAAGUUAGCCACUGUUCCAAGCGGGUUGCCCUCUUCGUCACCAACCGUUGCUAGUGACCACCAUCAGCAGUUUUUGACACGUCAAUCAGCCCCCAUUGCCUCUCCGGAAUCGGGUAGUGAACCAUCGUCGUUAGUGUCGCAACCGGCGAGAGCGGGCCAGCAGCACCGUACGGUGACCAUCCAAUUGCCUCAUCACGGAGACAAUCGGUACGCGAUUCGCAGGAAAACUCGAGCGGUGAAGGCAGCCGAAAAGGAGGACCAGCUGGUGAAGGACCACACCAGGCACCCGAAAUCGGUCGUUAAAUCCGUUAAAAGGCGCUCCUUCGGUAAACGCAUCAACAACCUGUGGAGCAACUUUGGCCUACUGCGAAGUUCGGAGAAAAUCGUGGAGUUUGCCAACGGACACGCUGCAUUUCAGCACGUGCGGGAAAAUCUCUCCGAUCUCAAUGGCCGCCCGGAAGCGAACGAAACGGACCUCGUCUUUCUACAAGGAAUACUGGCGAACCCGGCCGUCACGCAGCUGAUCAAGAUCCAAGACAAACUCGAGGAAGCACCAGCGCCCCUACGUCCAGUGCGAGUGGACAACGCACCGUUGGUGAAGGAAGUGAUCGAUCGUUGUAGCCUCUCGCGGAACCCGCACGCCCGCGAGCUCGCCCGGAUCUUCCGCUAUCCCCACGUCCGGGCCCUGGUCGAGGCGCACGACGAGAUCGGUGUGUCGCAGCUAGCGAAGCUGAGCCAGCAUCCACCGACGCCGCACCGAUCAACCAGCUCCCCUAGUCUCGACAGUCACACGUCGGCGGCCAGCCCAUCGCUGAACGGCGCCCCGAAGGACACCAACGGCACGGACCUUGACGCAGUGGACGACGGUGGGGCAGGCGCGAUGCCAGGCGAAACGAUCAAGAUGGUCGGCAUCCGGCGGAACCCGGACGAACCGCUCGGCCUGACGGUGGAGGUGGACGAGCACAACCAGCUGGUGGUGGCCCGAAUCAUUGCCGGGGGCAUGAUCGACCGCCAGGGACUGCUGCAUCCGGGCGACGUCAUCCUAGAGGUGAACGGUGUGCCCGUGACCACGCCCGAGGAGCUGCAGGCCGAGAUCUCGCUGGCGAAGGAGUCGGUUACGCUGAAGAUUGGGCCGAGCAUCGAGGAGGAGAUGAAAUCCGCCCGCAUCACCAUGGCCGGUGGACAGGUAAAGAAUGGACGAAACUUAGACACGGGCAAGAAACUGACGUGUUAUAUGCGCGCCCUGUUCGACUACGAUCCGAACGAGGACAAUCUGCUGCCGUGCAAGGAAAUUGGGCUGUCGUUUCUGCGCGGCGACAUCCUGCAGAUCAUUAAUGUGAAGGACCCGAACUGGUGGCAGGCGAAGCACGCCGGAGAGGAUGGUCCGACCGGGCUGAUUCCGUCGCAGGAGCUCGAGGAGCGUCGGCAGGCGUACGUCCCACCGGAGGCGGAUUUCGUGCACAAGAUUGGCAUCUGCGGAACUAGGAUUUCAAAAAAGAAGAGAAAGAUUCUGUACAAAACCAAGCAAAACAGUGAGUUUGAUAAGGCGGAUCUGAUGCUGUACGAGGAAGUUACCAAAAUGCCCCCGUUUAAGCGAAAGACUCUGGUCCUGGUUGGGGUGGCCGGCGUUGGGCGACGUACGCUCAAGAACCGACUGAUCAACAGCGAUCCGGAUAAGUUUGGUUCUGUGUUACCACAUACCUCUCGCCAACCGCGUCCACUGGAGGAAUCGGGCAAAGCGUACUGGUUUACCGAUCGUGAAGACAUGGAGGAGGAAAUUCGGCAGAAUAACUUUUUGGAGUACGGCGAGCACAACGGCAACCUGUACGGGACCCAUCUCGACUCAAUCCGUGACGUCAUUCGGCAGGGCAAAAUGUGCGUACUCGACUGUUCACCGGCGUCCCUGAAGACACUACACAACAGCCCCGAAUUUAUGCCGUUCGUGGUGUUCAUUGCGGCUCCGGGCAUGGAACAGCUGAAGCUUCUGUACUCCGAGCGUAGAUCCGCGAAUGGAUCGACGAGGAAUUUGCAUUUCGAUCGACAGAGCUCCAUUCGCUUCAGCUCGCGCCGUGCAAAGACCCUGGAAUCGUUGGCAUCGCUGUACGAGGACGACGAUCUUAUAUCGGCGGUGGAGGAAAGUGCACUGCUGCAGCGGAAGUACGACAAGUACUUGGACAUGGUCAUCGUGAACGAGGACUUUGACGACACAUUCCGGCAGGUAACGGAAGCACUGGAGCAGCUAUCACACGAGCAUCAGUGGGUUCCGGUGAACUGGAUCUACUAGUGCGUGCAGCACCGUGGCCUGUGCGUGCACGGAGUAAAAAAAAGUAUGUGUUCAAAUCAAUCAACCGACGAGCUGAUCACAGAACCACGUUCAAAUAGUUCAAAUAGCCAUACAUGAAUGCAUUCAGCCGGAUCACUCGCUCGCACUCUACAGUAGCACAGCACGCAAUAGCAUCGGUAUUCUUCAUUGUCACGCGCAACGCGAGUGCGCCACAUAAUUACAGUCUUUACCUUUGAAAACUCUAUACACUCCAGUAUGCCUUACGGAAAUGCGUGCAUGACGUCGUCAAUGUUAACACCUUUCUCCUUCGCGCUAUACGCUCGGUACUACGCCUUAAAUCGUCCACAGUGGAUGUGGCACAUCUGGGCAACAUAUUAUUCACAAACAAUCAUGCCUUGGCACCUGCCGACAAGCUGACUAUCAAUACAGACGCGGAUUCACGGCUCCAUCCCCUAUUCUAACGUGUAACCGCCUUCGAUGUUAGUAGUAGUAUUGUUCUAGUGCUUAAGAUCAGUCGAAUACGUCCGUUUACUUUCGUCAGUUGAUUUAUUUCUCAUCAGAAAUCGGUAGGGAGUUAGGGAGAAAGCCGACUGCAGCAGCUGCAGUGCUAUUCUCUUUUAGAUAAAGGUAUUUGUUAGAAGAAAAAAUUAAGAAAACAUUACCCGUAAGAUGAGUUUUAUUUGUUCACCUUUAUGUUUAUUUCGCUUUUCCGUCCUUUUUAGUUGUGAACGAUCAUCGUAGAAGACGUUAGCAGGAGGCCUUCGAGCCAUUUACGAAAUGCUAGUUAUUGUAAGUCUUUGCUAAAUGUAAGUCGAUACCUUCAAAACAAGAAAUGGGGUCAAAUGUUUGUUUAUGAAAUUUGUUGUAGCAUUUCAUCGGAUUUUAUAUGUUAUGCGAAAUAAAGAACUAGGACCGUGUAA